UCGCACAGGUAGGGCCCGCUGAGACGGUGGGAAUAUGCGAUGGCAACAGGCAAACGUCGGGCGAGCAAGAGUGUAGGAUUAUCUUCAUUUGCUUUUACGUUACGAAACUUGCUUCUUUUGCUUAUUGGAAAACUAGAUGCUUGUCUGUAUUACGCGUUGGCGUCUCAAGAUUAUACUUUGAAAUCGAUCAGACUUAAUCCUCUUAUUUUUCUCAGUUUUUUUGCUUUUAAAUGAUACAUUUUAAUAAGAUAUCAAUAUGAAAGGAAUUACGCCGUAGGAUUAUCAAGAGACCUUACUGAGAGAUGGGAAAAUGGGAGUUAACGAUGGAGCCAGUUCAGGAGUGGGGUGAGGAGUAUGAGGAUGGCGCCGUGUUCGGGGUGACCCUACGCAGGGAGCCUGUCCAGCAGUCGAGUGAGGCGGAGGCAUGUGCAUGCUCGGCCUUUGUGCAGUACCGCACAUAUAAGGUGCGGAGGCAGGCAGCCACCCUGAAGCGACUGGUGGCCCACCUGCUUGAGCCCUGCUGCCAGGAGAACCACUACGGGAGGAUCCUCCUGUCCACAUACCGCACUUUUACCAGUUCCAACGAGCUCAUCGAGAUGCUCUUCCAGAGGGAUGUUUUUGCAUCUGAGCUGGACAAUAGUGAGUGUCAUAAGAGCGCUCUGUGGACUCUGCUCCAGACCUGGUUAGAUGAGUUUGCUGAGGAUUUCCUGGACCCCCCAAUGCACUCCUCUCUUCGCUUGAUGUGCUUGCAGCUGAGACAGCACCCAUCUCUCUCUCCCUUGGCCAAGUGCUAUGAGGGUCUACUGAAGAGAUUCCAAGCAGAAGAUGUUGGGGGUAAUGAUGAUCUGGAAGAGGAGUCAGGGGUGCAUCAGGAAGAGAAGGACGUAGAGAGGGAUGAGCUUACCAAUCAGACAGACUUCAUGGACUUCUCUGUCACAGAACUCGCAGAACAGCUCACCAGACUGGAUGCUGUGAGAAUUGUUAUGAAGGUUGUGCCCUUCCAGUGUCGGGCUUGUGUAUGGUCUCAGAGAGACAAGAAGGAGAACCUCUCGCCCACCAUCCGUGCCACCAUUGCCCAGUUCAAUGCCAUCACCAAUAGAGUCAUCACAUCGCUGCUGUGUCAUUCCACAUCUCCUUCCAGUCCAUUGUCCACUCCUAGCCAAAGAGCUAGAGUCAUUGAGAAAUGGAUACAAGUGGCACAGGAGUGCAGACAGCUGAAGAACUUCUCCUCCCUGAGGGCCAUUUUGUCUGCCUUGCAGUCCAACCCUGUUUAUAGGCUAAGAAAGACCUGGACAGCUGUGAGCAGAGAUAGUGUGAGCAUUUUUGAGAACCUGUGUGAAACUUUUCCUGAUGAGAACUGUGUAAUGAGCAGCAGAGAAAUCCUUGUGGAGGAUGGGAGCCAGGCAGCUGUGGAUAACAUUUCACCCAAGACAUCCCAGCAGUGCUCCAUGUCCGGACAAAUGAGCACCACCAACAGAGCAGUGCCUUACCUGGGAACGUAUUUGACUGUUCUUACUAUGCUGGAUACGGCACUCCCUGAUACUGUGGAGUGUGGACUCAUAAAUUUUGAAAAACGGAGGAGGGAGUAUGAGAUCUUAUGGCAGAUCCGCCAGCUGCAGGCGUCCUGCUCCCAGUACGUCCUGCCUCAUCACCCUCUGAUUGAGACAUGGCUUCAGAGCCCAAGGAGGUUGACGGAGCAGGAGAGCUAUGACUUUUCAAGGCAGCUGGAGCCUCCCCUCGACACCAGUCCACCAUCCAGAAGUGGGGCCUGGACUCACCACGCACUCUCUAAGAAGCUCACUGCCCUCUUGAGUACAACUGAGGGCUCCAGAAAGAAUGCUGACCAGAUCAGCGUAUCAUCAUCUGGAUCCAGCAGCUCUGAAAUGGAGGAAAUCUCUACCCGUCAGUCCUCUCCUCCUGGACCACAGUCCCUCUCUGGCUCUUGCCAAAACAUGGUGGAGGCACCUCCCUCCACUCCUUCUCCGGACUCCUCCACACCCUCCUUGCACUUCCAGGCCGACCCUGUGGCUCCUUCGCCAUCCUCUUCCUCAACUCCGUCCAAGUUGAACCACAAGCACUCCAUCUCCAUGACCUCCCUGCCCAUGUACAACAGGCAGGUGGCUGACUCCUGCAUCAUCCGGGUCAGUGUGGAGCCCAGAAGCAACGGCAACAUGUACAAGAGUAUCCUGCUGACCAAUCAGGAUAAGACAGGCCAGGUGAUUGAGAAGGCUCUGCAGAAGCACAACCUGGAGAACAGCAGUGCGCAGGACUUCACCCUCAUCCAGAUACUGCCUCAUGGCAAAGAGCUUAUCAUUCCAGACAAAGCCAAUGUCUACUAUGCCAUGUCUACUUCAGCCAACUAUGACUUUGUCUUGCGCCAGUGUUCAAAAAGCCAGAAGAAGCAACUUUCUCGUUCGGUAUCACUGUCAUCAAACCGGUCCAUGAAAUUACACCACCCAUAAUAGCACCCCUAGUGCCCUGGAGAGCUCUUGACAAAAAUGAAAACUGCACAGGACUAUGAAAUGCCUCUCAAGUCAUUAUAGUUUUAAGUUUAUAUGUAAAAACUGUAUAUAGUAUUUGUAAAAUAUUUAAUCUUAUUUAAUGUUAAAUAUUUGCUUAUUUUAAAUAAUUUUUUUUUUUUUUUUAACUCAAUGUGCAACCUACCUUGAACUUGAUGAAAAACUGCUUUUGGUGAGUCAGGACAUGCAUCUCUAAACUCCAAGAAGUGUACAGGCAUUAUGUGCAUGAUCUCACAACAGAGGCACAUUGUUUGUAAUGGAAAGUAGCAGCGGGGCAUCCCCUUGAGCCCCUCUCUCUCAGCAGAUGCCAGACCCACAGCUACAUGUCCCAUGACACAGACAUGCUGUACAGUUUGCAUACAUAUGAAAAAUAUACAUGCACACACAAGCCACACACAAGCCACACACAAGCACCCACUCAUUGCAAGCAAUGUGGCUUGAGAGUUGAGAUUGUCGGUUUCAUUGGAAUACUGUUAUUUUUAUAAUCAGUAUACACCUCGUAGUUAUGACAUCUGAGAACUGGACUGGAGAAAAAAUGCAAGACAAAAUACACAAAAUCAGCAGUUUUGCAAUAAAGAUAACUGCAUUUUCUUAGAGCUUGGACAAUUUAGAUUUUGCCUACCUCCAAAGUACCUUCAAGAUGUUUCUUGCACUAUGUAAAAAUUCAAUAGAAUUAUUCUUAUGAUAAAAACUAAUACAUAUUGAAAACACUACAAUAUAUUAAACUAUAUAUUUUUUUAUUUAAAA